AUGACUAAGGGCACAACCUGGCAAGUUGUGCUCACAAUUCCCGACGCAGAGGAUGAUUCGAGAAGCUCGGUCGAUGAGGAUCACAGCACUGACUCGGAUGAUGCGAGUGAUGUCCCGCAAGCCGUCGCAACUCCGGAAAGUCUGUCUCCGUCUCCCGUCCCAAUGUCCCCCAUAGUCGCACCUCAGCCACAGGUCCAGGAAGUGGACGAACAACUCGCGCCACAACUUCCCAUACCUCCUGAGGUCGUUGACGAACGUUUCGCGCUCCAUCCCAACGCCGUCCACCAGCGCACAAGCAACCACGCGGACGCGUUCAACGACCGGCCUUCCACGGAGACACCACACGCGCAGUACCCGUACAUACCGGAAGGCGACUACUCGUGCCGCCCUGGCGGCCCGAAGGUAUAUGAUCUGCUGAACACGAUGCCGCUCGAGCAGUAUGGUGUCCUCUCGUGGAUGAUUGUGGACAGGGAGGAGGAGCUGUUCGAGCUCGACGAUGUCCGGGACGAGGACAAGGUGAUGAUGGCGCUGUGGAACCGCUGGAUCAUGUUGAACCGGCCCGACUUCAUCUUCAAGGGCUAUAUCAAGGGCGUCCUUGCGUUCGUAGACGAGCACUGGCGGAUGAUCCACCGUGCGGCGGGUUGGGGGGCUUUACGGGCGUUUCUCCUCGUACGUAUGUUCACCGUCGUGCGUUCCAGUUAA